UCACCGCCCAGAAAAAGUCCCUUAGUGACUACGUCAUGUGGGAAGUAACCCGGAAGAGCGAGCGAAAACAUCUGAGGGGAGGCUGUGCAGAGCCCGAGUGGUGUGCCAGGUACACAGAGCUGACUUCACCCAGGAGCUGAAUUCCAUUGCACUGGACAGAAGCAAAGAGUGUUCCCUAAGAUAUGACUGAUCUGUGAUAAUCUGACAACCACACACCAAAUUCAUCUUUAUUUUUUUUAAUCAGCUUGGUAACCUGAAGGAACUGUGUGCAGUGAAUGAGCGCCCGAGGGCAGACGGGGGAAAUGGUUCAAACAAAGGAUGGCCCUGAGGAUGGGUCUCUGGGAAAAACGGACACUCUCCCACCUGAAGUAUCCAGUCCUGAGGCCUAUCAGCGCUUGUGGAUUGAAAACCAGGACUUGAGAAUGGCCUUGGAACAGAGUAAUGCAAUGUUGCGGAAAAGUCACAGCGAGAUGGUUGAGUUUCAAACUACGCAAAGGAGAGAGAGGGCAUUCGUUGCAUACAAGUUCAACGAGGCGAAAAUCCUUGUACAAAGGCUGACAAAUGAACGGGAUUCUCUGCACGUUCAACUUGAAGCAGCUAAAAAGCAGCUGUCUGAGGUGACAUCUAGGGAUGAACAAAUUGCAACAACUGACGGAACUGCUAUGGAGGAACAGGUCUGUCCCCAGAUUGCUCAGAAGAAAGCCUUUGAAGAGGCUAACAGCCCUGGGAGCUCUCUGUCCUCCUCCUGUGAAACGCUAACCCCCAGUAUGUGUGAAUCCAUCAAAGAGUCAGCACGACAUCACCAGGGGCCACCCCGAGCUGAGCAGGGUGAUCUCUUAAAGGAAAGUGAAAAGAAUCGACUGUCUGGGCUGCCAACUAAAGACUGGGUCAGGAUUCGGGAGGAACCCGCUGCCCGGAAGGCGGUUACAGAAAUAGAAGUCCUGCAAGGUACAAAUGAAUGGUCUACAGCACAGGAGCAGGAUCUGCAAAAGAAGCUCCAGGAGGCAGAGAGCCGGAAUGUUCAGGUGCAGGAAAAAAUUACAGAGCUGCAGCUGGAGGUGUCAGGCCUGAAGGACCAGCUGAAAGAGAAAGGAGUCGAAGCUCAAAGACAGCUCCAGCUAUUGGCUGAGGAGAAGGCUUCUGUCAAGGCUCAGGUGACAUCUUUACUAGGAGAGUUGCAUGAGAGUCAGACGAGCCUGGAGUCCUCGCAGCAGGAGCUGAAGAAGGUGGAAGGGAGCCUGUGGAAAUUGAGAGAGCAGCAGCGAGAGUGGGAGAUGCAGAUGAAGCAGCAUGUGACACAGCUGGACCAGCGGCGGAUGCAGGUGCAGAGCCUAGAGACGGCACUGAAGGUGGAGCGUCAGAAUGCCAGUGAGGAGAUGAGGAAGCUGGCCCAACUUCAGGCUGCAUACCACAAGCUGUUUCAAGAAUAUGAUGCUCACAUCAAGAAUGGCCUUCAUCAAGAAAAGCUCAUGAAGAACGUGGAUCUCCAGCUGCAAGACCUAAAGCAACAGCUGCAGGAGGCCGAAGAGGCUCUGGUAGCCAAACAAGAACUCAUAGACAAACUCAAGAUUGACAAAGAUGAGCAGAAGAGCCUGAAAGAGACAAUUGGUGUACUCAAAGCCCAGGCUGAUAUUUUUUGCGCAGACUUCCAGGCAGAAAGGCAGGCGAGGGAGCGGCUUCAUGCAGAAAAGGAGCAGCUACAGGAACAACUGGAGGAAUUUAAGAAAGAAAGGUCGAGGAUGGAAGACAUGAGGAACAGGCAUGUGGAUAACGCACGACCAAACCAACCAUCCCUCUACCCUCUGCCAUACUCUAAUGUGCCAGCGCCUUCUUUCCAUCCUGUAGUAGAACCUCAGGAAUUUCGCUGCCCCAAGUGUCAGUACAAAGCCCCAGAUAUGGACACAUUGCAGAUCCAUGUCAUGGAUUGCAUACAAUAACCACACAACACUAAGGACUGCUCAGCCUGCUGCCUUAGGCUCCAUAGACCUCAGCGUGCUGAAGACUGCAGAUCGCAGCACCCGUUGGAAAUGAAGAUCUGCUCCUGAUUGUGAAUGCACGGUACCUGUGGCAGGAUUUGUAUUUCACCACAGCGCAUCUUGGUAUUGCUUUGUGAAAGAUUCCUUGGCCUGUUAUGUGGUGUGCACUGGAGUUCUCUAUUCUGACAAGCCUAGUUAUUGAAGGAUGAUUAACAAAAUAUGCUGUUCCAGCUACUUAUGUUUGGGGGUUCUCCCCCUUUUAUUACUGUAAAUAUUCUACUACUUUAAGAAUGUAUAUAAUAUAUAUAUUUUAGAGAAAGAGAUUGAUGGUGUUUUUGGAACAUUGGAGUUUUGCCGGCACCCUGGAGGAUGACCAAGGACAGUGCUCGCUAGUUGAAAUUGUUAUACAACAGUGUCAAGUCAAAUAUACUUGUUUAGCAAUUUACGGUCAUAAAAACGGUGGCCCAGAAGUCAUGAAGCAUCUAAUGGCCAAUAGAAACAAUCGGAUUUUGUUUCAAGCACUAGAUAAAUUGCAGGCAGAACCGGCUUGGUUGCUACAAGUAACAGAGUUCUGUUUUCAUAGGCCGGGUCCCAUUAUCAGACUUGGUUCUGGCAUACUGGUGUCUUCCUGUCUCAAUAAAACACAGCUGCUUUUAAAAGAUUUUGCUUUAAAAAA